AUGGAUCUCCUGCGCCGCGCCGGGAAGUUCAUCCCGACAAGGGGUCUUCAACUUCCCCUUGCAGAUGAGAAGGGGAAACUGCGGCCAAGAAGAACUUUAGCCUCUCGCUUCGCAUACCUCAGGCGACCGCUGAGGUUACGGGGGAACUCGACCGUCUCGAUACCGCUGGGAUUGGUCGUUCUGUUCCCAUGCAUCGUCGUCAUCCUUAUCCUGGUGCUGUUUGUCAGGCACCCCGCGGCACGGGGGCCGGUAAUGCCCCCCGGUGCGCCGCCAAAAAUAAGAAAAAUCAGCGAAAAGUACGACAAGGUGUUCGUCACCGGCUGUCUCGAGCCCGAUACGACUCAGAAGCGCGCUAACGCCGUCUUCGUCGUGCUCGCGAGAAACAAAGAGCUGGAUGGCGUGGUCCAGUCCCUCAAGUCGAUCGAGCGCCACUUCAACCGGUGGUACCACUACCCCUACGUCUUCCUUAACGAUGGGGACUUCAACCAGACGUUUAUGGACACCGUCAAGAACUACACAUCGAGCGAGGUCAAGUUUGGCAAGGUCGGGCCAGAUAUGUGGGGGUUUCCCGACUGGGUCGACCCCAAGGUUGCCAAGGAGGGCAUCGCCAAGCAGGGAGACAAUGCUAUUAUGUACGGCGGCAUGGAAAGCUACCAUCACAUGUGCCGCUUCUACUCGGGGUUCUUCUACAAGCACCCACUCCUUGCUGACUACGACUGGUACUGGCGUCUGGAGCCGGAGAUCAAGUACUUUUGUGACAUCACCUAUGACCCCUUCAUCGAGAUGAUCAAGCACAACAAGACGUACGGUUUCACCAUCGCUGUCAAGGAGCUGCGCGAGACGGUCCCCAACAUCUUCCGCUACGCUUCGGCGUACAAGCGCCUGAACAACCUGACGUCGCAGGGCCUGUGGGAGAUGUUUGUCGAGCCGCAGCCAGACAAAGAGGAGAAGAAGGACGGCGCUAAGGACAAGCCGCCUGCGCCCGAAGAUGAACCCGCACGCCCGCCCGAGAUCGACAUGGAAGCCAUGGAGGGCGAGAAGUACAACAUGUGCCAUUUCUGGUCCAACUUCGAGAUCGCCCGCCUCGACUUCUUCCGGAGCAAGGAGUAUAACGACUUCUUCGAGAUGAUGGACCGCAGCGGUGGCUUCUGGAUGGAGCGGUGGGGCGACGCGCCAAUCCAUUCGCUCGCGGCCGGCGCCCUCCUCGCGCCGCGCGACAUCCACUACUUCCGCGACUUUGGCUACCGCCACACCACGAUCCAGCACUGCCCGGCCAACGCGCCCUAUCCGCAGCUGCCGCGCGAGCCGUACCUCGAAAAGACGACGCUCGACGAGAAGAAGCGCAUCGAGGAGGACCAGUACUGGGACGAGAUCGACCCGCCCAUGGAGAACGGCGUGGGAUGCCGCUGCCGGUGCGAUACAGACAUCGUGGAUGUCGAGGGCAAGGAGGGGAGUUGUCUGGCGGAAUGGGUCGAUGUCGCCGGCGGUUGGGCUAGUCCGUGA